ACAGUGUUACAACCGUUACAACAAAAACAUGUUUUACGUCUUUUUCUUUUGUUUUCUUUAACCUCUUACUAUGUGUAUGAAAAAGUUUACUUUUAAAUUAACUUCAUUUUUACAAAUUAACAAUAAUGAACUUCAAAGACUGUUUGUAAUAUAUUUAUUAUUGCGAAUAAAUCAUUAGGCUUUUAAUGUGAGCAUAUAACCUUAUUUUUAGGUUAUAAAUAAUGUAAAUAAUUAAAAAAAAAAAACAAAUAAAUUAAAUUAUUAAAUUUACAUUAGAAGAUUUUUAAAAAAAAAUUAGGUUUCGCGUGCGCAAACUCGUGUGUGUUCUGUUUUUUUGGCAGUUCAACAAGCAAGUCAAGUCCAGGUAUGUCUUUCCGUGUGGUUCGCAGUAGCAAAUUCCGCCACGUGUACGGAACAGCUUUAAAACGAGAACAGUGCUAUGACAAUAUUAGAGUUUCCAAGUCUUCCUGGGAUUCCACAUUUUGUGCGGUCAAUCCCAAAUUUUUGGCCAUUAUCGUCGAAUCGGCUGGAGGCGGUGCUUUUAUAGUUUUACCACAUAAUAAGGUUGGUAGAAUAUCGGCUGAUCAUCCAUUAGUUGGUGGUCACAAGGGACCUGUUUUGGAUAUUGCAUGGUGUCCACAUAAUGACAAUGUAAUAGCCUCAGGAUCUGAAGAUUGUGUUGUUAAAGUUUGGCAAAUUCCCGAUGGUGGAAUAUCACGAACAUUAACGGAAUCUGUUGUUGAUCUUCAAUUACAUCAAAGGAGGGUGGGUUUAGUUUUAUGGCAUCCAACUGCAUUAAAUAUAUUGCUCACAGCAGGCUCAGAUAAUUUAGUUAUCAUAUGGAAUGUUGGCACCGGUGAAUCAUUAGUAAAAAUUGAUUGUCAUCCAGAUGUUGUUUAUUCGGCAUGUUGGAAUUGGGAUGGUUCACGACUUGUUACCACAUGUAAGGAUAAAAAAAUUCGUCUCCUCGAUCCAAGAUCGGGUAAAAUUCUCGAGGAGGCUAUCGCACAUGAAGGAAGUAAAGCAACACGUGCAAUAUUUCUCAGGGGAGGUUUAAUUUUUACAACUGGUUUUAGUAAAAUGUCAGAGAGGCAAUAUUCAUUAAGAGCCCCUGAUAUGUUAGCCGAGCCUAUAGUAAUGGUAGAAUUAGAUACUAGUAAUGGAGUUAUGUUUCCACUUUAUGAUCCUGAUACGAAUUUGGUUUUUCUUUGUGGUAAAGGGGAUUCGGUGAUACGUUAUUUUGAAAUAACGCCCGAACCUCCAUUUGUACAUUAUAUUAACACUUUUCAAACACCCGAUCCUCAACGAGGAAUCGGAAUGAUGCCAAAACGUGGAUGCGAUGUGAACAGUUGUGAAAUCUCGAGAUUUUAUCGACUUAAUAAUUCGGGAUUCUGUCAAGUUAUUUCUAUGACUGUUCCAAGAAAGUCUGAAUUAUUUCAAGAGGAUUUGUAUCCUGAUACGCCGGGUGAUACUGCAGCGAUAUCGGCAGAAGAAUGGGAAGGCGGUCAGGAUGCUGAACCAGUGCUCAUUUCACUUAGGGAUGGCUAUCAGCCGACAGCAUCGAAAAACGAUCUCAAAGUUAAUAAAAAGGCCAAUUUACUUAGUAAAGGAGCUAAAGUUCAAUCGGGUAAUUCAAACGCACCUGUCGGACAAGUAUCGGAGGAUAUCAUUAAGGAAUUCGCGGAGGAAAUUAGAAAAUUAAAGGCAGUAAUUUUAAAGCACGAGGGACGAAUUCGAGUUUUAGAAUCUGCGGUGGCGUUACAAAUGAAGGAGGAAGAAAGAAGUGAAAAACGUUCUUCAUCGCCACCAACGGAUAAAGAAUUACUUGCCUCAGACGAGGUUUGAUUUAAUUAGCAACUUUUUCUCUCUUUUUUUUUCUAAUAGCUUUAAAAUAAAAAAAAAACAACAACGAACUCAUUUAAUUGUGAAAUAAAUAUUAAAAAAAAAAAAAAAAAUGGAAAA